AUGCCCCCCAACGACGAUCUUUUUGUCUACGACCCAGCAAAUCUUGACGAUGACCAAGAGUAUGAAGAGAUGGAGCGAAUUGUGGGUCAACUGAUGAUUCAACAAGUCAAAAUGCAGAGAAAACGAAAGAGAGUUAUCGCAUCGAUGGAUGAGUUAGAAGCGUUGGAAAUCAGAGCGCGGUAUGAAACAAUGCGGGAAUAUCAUAGGAGAGUCAGAAUUGGUGACACGAUUACUCAGAUUUUGUUCGCAAUAAUCUUCAUCCUUCUAAUGUCACUACUGCUUGAAUUGGCCAACCCAUUCAUCUUAAAAUACAUUGAAUCCGAUGGCACCAAAACGAAAAUCAACUCCGCUUUUUUUGGCAUCACGAUUUUUGCCCUUAUUGCGACAGCACUUUUUAUCAGGAACCAAUACACAAUGAAAAAAGAGCUGGAAAGCAAUGAGCUAGAUCCGUGCAACGAUGAAGCGGAAUAUGCAUAUAAUUUGGAAAAAAUUGAGCAGCUCAAAUGGAAAAUCAAGGAUUCUGAAGGAGAUAAAUCGAUUUUGCCCUAUUUGCCAACAUUUUUCGGUUAA